AUGGACCGAGGCGCUGGGCUGGAGCCCCAGGCGGGAGGGGCGCAGGAAGCGCGCGCCAGGGUAGGAGCUGUCCAAGAGAACUGCGAACCCGAGUCUUUCAGGUCCCAGAGUUUACCCGCCCUGAACAGCGCCUCCUGCCCGCCAGACCUGAGUCCCGGGAGUGAAGAAGGCUCCGAGCCCGCCCCCAGCCAUCAGGAGUUGAAGUCAGACCCCUACCCGCCGGCCCCCAGCCCCUCUGCCCCGUCUACUUCGGCAGAGACGGCAGGACUGGCGGAACGUCGCCACGGGGUAGAAAUUGGCAAAACCAUGUCGGUAUCCUCCGCCCUGGCCAUGCUCCAGGGCAGAAGAUGCCUCUACGCGGUCCUCACCGAUUCCCGUUGCUUCUUGGUUUGCAUGUGCUUUCUGACCUUCAUCCAGGCGUUGAUGGUCUCCGGGUACCUGAGCAGCGUCAUCACCACCAUCGAAAGGCGCUACAGUCUGAAGAGCUCCGAGUCGGGGCUGCUGGUCAGCUGCUUUGACAUUGGGAGCCUGGUGGUGGUGGUGUUCGUCAGCUACUUCGGCGGCCGGGGACGGCGGCCCCUGUGGCUGGCCGUGGGGGGUCUCCUCAUCGCCGUGGGGGCUGCCCUCUUCGCCUUACCUCACUUCGUCUCGCCGCCCUACCAGAUCCAAGAGUUGAACGCCUCCGCCUCCAACUACGGCCUGUGUCAAAACGGCAACUCCUCGGUCAAGAUGGAGCCUCCCACCUGCCUGAAGGACUCGGGUGGCAACGACCACUGGGUCUACGUGGCUUUAUUCGUGUGCGCACAGAUUCUCAUUGGAAUGGGCUCCACACCUAUUUAUACCCUGGGACCAACCUACUUAGAUGACAAUGUCAAGAAAGAAAACGCAUCCUUGUACCUAGCCAUCAUGUAUGUCAUGGGAGCACUCGGUCCUGCAGUGGGAUAUUUACUAGGUGGACUUCUUAUUGGUUUUUAUGUUGAUCCCAGAAAUCCUGUUCACCUUAACCAGGAUGAUCCUCGUUUCAUUGGGAACUGGUGGAGUGGAUUCCUCCUUUGUGCCAUUGCAAUGUUUCUUGUGAUAUUCCCAAUGUUUACUUUUCCAAAAAAGCUUCCGCCUCGACACAAGAAAAAGAGAAAGAAAAAAUAUUCCGCGGAUGCUUCUGGCGAUGAUGACGUUAUGAAGGAGAAACCAGACAGUUGUGAACAAGUGGACAAAACAGUUUCUUCUAUAGGAUUUGGGAAGGAUGUCAGAGACCUACCAAGAGCAGCUGUCAGGAUCUUAAGCAACAUGACAUUCCUUUUUGUGAGUUUGUCAUACACAGCUGAGAGUGCCAUUGUAACUGCUUUCAUUACCUUCAUCCCCAAGUUCAUCGAGUCACAGUUUGGUAUUCCAGCUUCCAAUGCCAGCAUCUACACUGGCGUCAUCAUUGUCCCUAGUGCCGGUGUUGGCAUUGUCCUGGGAGGCUACAUUAUAAAAAAAUUGAAGCUCGGUGCAAGAGAAUCUGCAAAACUAGCGAUGAUCUGCAGUGGUGUGUCUUUACUGUGCUUUUCAACCCUGUUUAUUGUUGGAUGUGAAAGUAUCAAUCUAGGGGGCAUAAACAUCCCCUACACGACAGGACCCUCUCUGACCAUGCCGCAUAGGAAUCUGACAGGAAGCUGCAAUGUUAAUUGUGGUUGUAAAACACAUGAAUAUGAGCCAGUCUGUGGAUCGGAUGGAAUUACAUACUUUAACCCUUGUCUGGCUGGCUGUGUUAAUAGUGGGAAUGUGAGCACCGGGACACGGAACUACACAGAAUGCACCUGUGUCCAGAGCCGCCAGGUAAUCACGCCACCCACAGUGGGACAGCGCGGCCAGCUCCGCGUGGUUAUCGUCAAGACGUACCUCAAUGAGAACGGCUACGCUGUGUCUGGGAAGUGUAAACGGUCCUGUAACACCCUCAUCCCAUUCUUAGUGUUCCUGUUCAUAGUGACCUUCAUCACAGCCUGCGCCCAACCGUCAGCCAUCAUAGUAACACUCAGGUCUGUAAAAGAUGAAGAGAGGCCUUUUGCCCUGGGAAUGCAGUUUGUUUUAUUGAGAACACUUGCAUACAUUCCGACUCCAAUUUACUUUGGAGCAGUUAUUGACACCACCUGCAUGCUUUGGCAACAGGAGUGUGGAGUGCAAGGCUCUUGCUGGGAGUACAAUGUCACGUCAUUUCGUUUCGUCUAUUUUGGUUUAGCAGCCGGCCUCAAAUUUGUUGGCUUUAUAUUUAUUUUUCUGGCCUGGUACUCCAUUAAAUACAAGGAGGAAGAACUUCAGAGGCAGAGGUGGAGAGAGUUCCCUCUGAGCACUGUGAGCGAGACGGUGGGCCACCCCGACAGCGCCAGGAAGGCUGCCCGGACUCGAUCUUGUCCCGCUUUCAGCACCCAGGGAGAAUUCCAUGAAGAGACUGCUCUGCAAAAAGGGAUCCAGUACACAGCGCAGACCUAUCCAGGGCCAUUCCCAGAAGCAAUAAGUUCCUCCCCAGACCUGGGGCUGGAAGAAAGCCCUGCGCCCAUGUAG